GGUGCCGUCAUUCCUGACGCAGCGCAGAGACAGAGCAGCGACUCACUUACUUUCUCUCAGAUCCGCCGGACGAUGCAGCGCAUAUGUGUGGGGAUCAUCACAGCCCUACAGGUCUACUGGAUACUAUGGCUGUGUGCGUUCCUGUACCUGAUCAUCAGAGUGCGCGUCUUCCAGGAGAAUGAUGCUCACACAGAAGUGGACUGGCCCCCAGUGAAAGAUGAGUCACAGGACUAUGACCUUAUCAAGUUAAGUCGCAAUGAUACUCACAGCAUUCUGAGGGUUUGGCGUCAAUGGUUCACAUGUGACCCGUAUGAUCUGGAGAUUCAGAAUGACACGGUGAGGGUGAUUGUCAUUUAUGGGGAAGACAAUGGGUUCCUGUUAUCUGAGGACCAUAUAUUCAAGAAAUCCAUCUAUUUCAUGGAAAUCCUGCAAGAAAUUAUAUAUCCUGAUAUAAUGAUCCCGUACGACUUCAAACUGAAUGAUUUUCUUAUUCCAGAGCAAGAUACGACCUAUGCGUGUACAUUCCUUCCCAUGCCCAAGUUAUCUAGCAAACAUCAUAUUAUACGGUACGAGCCCAUUAUCGAUCCGGAUGCUGCCAACAUAGUACAUCACAUCCUAGUAUAUGGUUGUGACAACUCCUUAAACUUUCCAUCUGAGACUGGAGAUUGCUUCGGAGGUGACCCCAGAUACCUAAAGUGUAUGACUUCCAUGUUUGGUUCGCCAAGAGGUGGAGAGCCAUUCGACUUUCCGGCACAAGUGGGUAUUUCUAUUGGUACUGAGAAGGAUGUUAAAUACAUCAGACUUGAAAUUCAUUACAGCAACUUUGAAAAUAAGAAAGGUCUCCAGGAACCCCCCAGCACUCCCGCUACUACCACCACCCACCCACCCACUUCAUGAUGCCAGCACAUCUGUACCAUCAAUAAUCCCACCACAGCCAGAAUCCGGCAAUCCACCUCCUCCCGAACUCUGAAGACUAAUGUCAUUGGCAAAUACCCUGUUUGACUACAUUUUUCGCCAUUUGUAAAUAAUAUUUAUUACAGUACUGUAUGUUGUUCAUUUACAGUAGGGUAUUACAGUACAUCUUUA